UCGUGAUUUUGGCAAGGUUUUGCCGUUUGGCGUUUUUAAAAUAAACCAAUAUCUUCUUACAAUUCAAUCAAUUUCAAUAAAAUUAGCUAUCUUGGUGGAAAUAAAUAUCCACCUCAAGGCGCCAAUCUCAUUAACCAAACCGGACAAAUGUGGACACAUGGAAAUGUAUACGAGAUAAAGACAAUAAAGAACGAGGAAAACAUACACUUGGAAGAUGCACAAACCGAUGUAAAGCCGGAAUUAGCCAAUCAACGAAACCAACUGCCGCGUAAUCAACGCUUCGCCAUGGCUCUGAAACGCCAAUCGCAUCCCUACAUGAAGCCAGCGCCACAGAGUCGCGAGGAGCUGUUACAGAGAAUUGCGCAUAACCGUGAUGAACUGUCGGCCUUCUUUCAGAAAGUGUCGCCAGCUGUGGGUCAGACUGAUUAUACUGCUGCAGCUUUACUACCCACAUCAAUCAGUAUGCCUUCUGCCCCCGUGGAGCAACGCAAUAGCUACGAUUUGUUCUUUGAGAGUGCCUGCAUUAGCGUCAAGGGCCUGCCGCCCAAACUGGCAUCCGAGGCCAAGAGUCGCAUUUCCCAAAUCAUCACCGAGUUCGAGAUCCGUGCCAUUUCCGAGCAGGAAGCCAAAGUCGAGGCACAAGCCAGAGGUGCCGCCAUCGGGGGCAGAGCUCACUCACAUCCAUGCACGUAAAG